AUGAAGAAACUCCUAGAAGCUUUCCGAAUCAGACACAAGGUUUCAACUCCCUAUUACCCACAGGUAAAUGGACAGGCAGAGUCCACAAACAAGAUAUUACUCGGGAUCUUGAGCAGAAGUCUCUACGACAAUAAAAAGGUCUGGCACGAAGAACUCCCGCUUGCACUAAUGGCAUAUCGAAUCGUUAAACGAACAUCAACAGGAUCCUCACCAUACAGUCUGGUAUAUGGCGACGAUGCUAUUAUAUCCGCGGAAGUAAUCAUAGCUUUAGCAAGAAUACUGUCAGCAAGUGGGGUCGACCUCGACGGUCAACGCAUCCUAUCAUUGGACAUGAUAGAUGAGCGCCGAGACAUUGCCGAAAGAAGGUCUCAGCAAUAUCUUGAUCGCCAAGCAAGAUUUUAUAAUCAACAUGUCAAAGAAAGGCAUUUAGAAAAGGGGGAACUAGUACUCCCUAUAGCCCCGUAUGUCCAAAGGGAAGGCAGCGCUGGAAAAUUCGCCCCGAACUGGGAAGGGCCCUUUCGAAUCCACAAAGUUGGGGGGUCUGGAUACUAUAAGCUGGAGCAUGCCGAUAGCACCAAGAUCAAAGGCAAAUGA